AUGCCAGCUCAUGAGAAUAUUGAUAUUAGUAUCACAUGUCUUGCUAUGCUGAGUUAUCCAGUUGCUUCAAGUCAUCCACCAGUCAGCCAGACAAUAAAUCAGAUGUACCAGCCUAGCAGGACACCUUUGGGUCCCCCACUAUCGACUGCAGGUCCUCCUUUGAGACCAGCUCAACCUCUGGUUACUCCUAACCAUGAUGUACCACUAGCUCAAAACCUUUUGAGAGACUCAACAGCAGUAAGCACUGGGUCAUCUGGUGAUCAAUCGACAAUUGACCAUUAUGAUAGUUUGGAAGGAGGAGGUGAAAUUAUGCAGCCAAUUCAACAAGGUCUCAAAGCUAGAAGGACACUUGGCUCCUCUUAUCCCGCCUUACCACCUGGCUACCAAAGCAUGGCCAGCUCUGGAAUCCCAGGUGGUCAGCUGGUAAAUACAGAAGGACCACAGCAACACUCUCAGGCUCCACAUUUUAAUCAACUAAUGGCUGGCAUGGGUGGACUUAGCUUGCAGCAGGGUCAACAAUCAGAGGCAGCACGACCUCUGAAUCUCCUGCAGGAGAGAAACGUCCUGCCUUCAACUCCAGUCAAAGCCCCUCAUGCAAACCUGCACAAGGAUCUGCAGGAACUAAACUGCAAUCCAGAUGUGUUCCGGUGUACAUUAACCAACAUCCCUCAAACUCAGUCCUUAUUGAGCAAAGCUAAGCUUCCUUUAGGAUUACAGCUGCAUCCAUUCAGAGAUCUGUCACAAUUGCCUGUGGUUACAUCGAGUACCAUUGUGAGAUGUCGUUCUUGCAGAACUUACAUAAAUCCUUUUGUCAACUUUCUGGACCAAAGAAGAUGGAAAUGUAACUUGUGCUAUCGAGUUAAUGAUGUUCCUGAAGAAUUCAUGUACAACCCUGUGACUCGAUCUUAUGGAGAGCCACAUAAGCGACCUGAAGUUCAAAGUGCUACUAUAGAAUUUAUUGCUCCUUCAGAGUACAUGCUGCGACCACCGCAACCUGCAGUUUAUCUUUAUGUCUUGGAUGUGUCCCAUAAUGCAAUAGAGUCUGGAUACUUAAAUGCUGUCUGCCAGUCACUAUUGGAUAAUUUGGACGGGUUACCUGGUGAUUCUCGUACAAGGAUAGGUUUUAUUACCUUUGAUAGCACCAUUCAUUUCUACUGUCUACAAGAAGGCCUUUCUCAGCCACAGAUGAUGGUGGUCUCUGAUAUUGAAGCAUCGACUGUUGCUGUAAUAUGGUUCCCCAUGUGA